AUCAUUCGAAUCCGAAACGCACAACUGAUAAAUAUCCAAAAUGUUUUUCAAAGUACUCGUCGUCGCAGCUUCGCUGGUAGCAGCUAAUGCGCAGCAUCACGGUGAAAGUUAUGGUCACGCCGUUUCUUCUCAAUCGAUCAUCCGACAUGACGUUUCCCACGACCAACACAAUUACCACCAAGUCCAAGCUGCUCCCAUAGCUCAUUACGCUGCUCCCAUAGUUCACCAUGCUGCUCCCGUCAUCCACCACGCUGCUCCGAUUGUCCAACAUCUUGCACCAGUUGUUCAACACGCUGCUCCCAUUGUUCAACAUGUUGCUCAACACGCUCCCAUCUACCAAGCGUCUCAUGAUCACCAAGAUUACUACGCUCACCCUAAAUACGAGUUCAACUACCAAGUAGCUGAUCACCACACCGGCGACAUCAAGUCUCAGCACGAAGCUCGUGACGGCGACCACGUCACAGGCUCCUACAGUCUGCACCAGCCUGAUGGUGCCGUGCGCACCGUACAUUACAACGCUGACAAGCACAGCGGGUUCAACGCUCAAGUGGAUUACUCCGGUCACUCACAACAUGCUCAACCAGCUCUUCACGCUCCUCAAUACCAUCAUUAAUUUAUCAUACGACUGAAUGUACUUUUUAAUGCAAGUGUAGAAUUACGUUUUAUUAAUUAAUGUUAUGUCAAUUAUGAAUAUAAUAAUAAACGACGGAAAUAUACUUUACUA